AUGAAACAAGGGAUACUAAUGUCGAACAGUCCGUAUGCAGGCACAAACGGGCAAUGGAUCGCCAGAAACAUUAUCUCGGGAUUCUUUACAGCACCCGUCGAAGCCCUUCCCGAGAUUUCGGUCACGGAUGUGUACUUCACGCACGAACGAGGAACAUACAUGGGCUUGUAUGCAUGCUUUCUAGCAGGCAGUAACUAUUUGGCACCGGUAAUAUGUGGCUUCAUUGCCGAAUAUCAAGGCUGGCGAUGGGUCUUUUACUGGCCCAGCAUAUUCGUCGGCUGUGCGGCAGUCUUUCUAUUUUUCUUCUGCGAAGAAACAAACUAUGUCCGGCACCAUGUCGAUCAACCAGUACCUGCGCGGGUGGAGUCAUCGACCACAAGCAAACACAGUGGUGAGCAUGAGAAAUCUGCCCCGGCUGAUACCGAGGCUGCAGAAGUCGGUGCAGUUUAUACAAAGAAGUCCUACGCGCAGAAAUUGUCGCUUUUGGGGCCUCGCCAGGAACAAAAUACUGUCUUUCGCAGGUUUUGGCAGAUUUUGUAUUAUCUUUCUUGGCCUGUCAUCUUCUAUGCCGGCUUCUCAUACGGAUCAUAUUUGGUGUUCUUCAAUAUCCUCAAUGGUACUGCGUCCAUUAUCCUCGGUGGAUCACCUUACGGCUUCAAAUCGUCCAUGGUCGGCCUCAGUUAUCUAGCAUGCUGCCUCGGUGUGGUCCUAGGAUCCAUCUUCACCGGCCGCUUCAGUGACUGGCUUACAGUCAAACUUGCCCGACGGAACAACGGAGUCAUGGAAGCAGAACACCGUCUAUGGCCUUUUCUCGCAUGUCUCGUCCUGGUACCUGCUUCUCUCAUCCUGUGGGGAGUUGGUGCUGCCCAUGAAGUGCACUGGUUUGGCCUGAUUGUUGCCAUGUGUCUAAUCGCCUUCACCAAUACCUGUGGAAUCACCCUGAGUGUCAAUUACUUCAUUGACAGCUACCGGGAGUUGAGUGGGGUGGCCAUGGCCAGCGUGAUUCUAGUGCGAAACACCAUGUCCUUCGCUAUAGGGUAUGGAAUCACACCUUGGAUUGACAACAUGGGAUAUCAGAACUGCUUUAUCUCUGCUGCUUUCAUUGGCAUGGCCUGUGCAUCUGUAUUCCUGUUCAUGGUCAAGUUUGGCAAGACUUUCCGUGAGCGUUCACGCGAGAAGUACUGGAAACUCGUGCAAGAGAAUUGGGAGAAGGGAAUGGGUCAUUAA